UAACCUGACAUGAGCGGCUAUUCAAUCGUUAACAUGUCGGACGGAAUUGUGAUAUUCAACGCACCCGAUAGCGGGCGGCCCGCUGCUGGGGCUUAACACAGUGGCACCAGCAAGUUCCACUCAUAAAGCCUAUCUACCAGACUAACCAUCUCUGUUGUUCAUCUGACGCUCCCCCAACCCCUUGCGCCAACCUCUUCUCUAAUUUCCGAAACACUCGGCGCCGUGGUUCGCCAAGUUUGCACCAAGUGCUGAAUUUUACCAAAAUUACAUUGAUCUCGUGCAUCAUUACAGCUGUAGUGAUGCAAAUUUGCCAACUUUUAUGUAACUAUAAUAGCUCGAGCGCCUUCAAGGCAGUGACCUCUGCUCAUCCAAAUGCUGUUAAGCGGACUGACUACCACCUCCAGUUUAUGGGUAUAAAAGGAAUGCUUGUUUUCAGAGUUCCUCAUCAUGGCGGGACUCGCUUUCCUACUCAAACAACUUGGUUGCAUACUCUUGCUCUGUGUGUCGUUGACUGGCGCGCACAAGUGUCGAACAGUUCCUGGAGACCCCAACUUUCCAUCUGGUGAAGAAUGGAAUAAUCUGAAUUCUUCUAUCUCUGGCAGGCUUGUCAAAGUAGUCCCAUCAGCCCAGUUUUGCGAUAUGCAUGGCGGCUGCACUGACGCGGAAUGGACCAGCGCGAUUUUCCGUGCAGACAUACCUGGAGCCAUGGAUCAGGUCAAUUGGGAGCAAGAUUAUGAAUCUAUCCCUCCGUCUCUAUGCCAGAGGAAUUCGACAGAUUGUGGACAGGGCAACGUUCCACUGUACGCUAUUUUAGCAGAGUCUGUCGAGGACGUGCAGACUGGUGUCGCCUUUUCAAGCACUCACAACCUCCGACUGGCGGUCAAGGCAUCUGGCCACGACUAUCUGGGCCGUUCGACUGCACGUAAUUCGCUUCUUAUUUCUACGCACAAGUUUCAAAAUAUUACCUUUACUGAGAACUUUACUGUCAGCGAGCGUAACGAAGGAUCGGCUGUCACUGUUGGUAGUGGAGUGCCCUUGAACACCUUGUAUCGGGCAGCCAAGGAACAAGGCAAGAUCAUCGUCGGUGGUACUGCGGCGACUAUCGUUGCUGCCGGCGGCUACGUUCAAGGAGGCGGCCAUUCAGCGCUCUCUCCCCUGCUGGGCCUAGCUGCAGAUAACGUCCUCGAGUUCGAAAUCGUGACUGCUAACUCAGCGUAUUUGAAAGUGAACGAAAAGGAAAAUGCCGAUUUGUUCUGGGCAUUACGAGGCGGUGGCGCAGGAUCGUGGGGUGUUGCCGUGUCGGCUACAUUCCGUACCUUCCCCACGUUCAAUGCUACAUAUUCACUCGUAGUGAUGGCUGCUAACAACACCGCGGCAAUUGGCUUAAUCAUGGCGUCGCACGCCAAGCACAUCUUUGAUUGGGACGAUCUACAUAUGAGCCAAUAUCUUUACGCCUACAAAAAUGCAACACUCGGCUUCAUGUCCUAUUUCCCCAGAAUAUCCUCGGAUGAAGCUGCUGCUGCUCUAAAGCCAUUCCUAGAUGACGCUCAGGAGUUUGGUCAGAUUAUUUUGCAACAAUUCGACGAAAGCAAUAUAAACGACCUGGUAACGGUAGCCGACGAUGUGGUUGGCUCGAACCUAGUGUUGGGUUCAAGACUUAUCCCAGCAAGUAUGUAUCGCGAUGAUCCUGAUACGGUCGGACAUGUAUAUACCCAGCUUUUUGAUGUUGGGGCUCCUGCCGUCCUUGGUUGCCUAGUCGCGGGAGGCAUGGUAUCAGAAAAUGCAUGGAUUGACUCUGCCAUUCAUCCUGCAUGGCGAACAGCAAAGAAUCACGUUGUCCUUGGUACCAUUUGGGAAGACUCUACGUCGCUGUCAAAUGUCUCCUCGAUUCAGAACGCAUUCAAGGACAUCCAACUGCCUAUCCUUGAACAAAUCGCUGGAACAUCUGGUGCUGCGUACUCCAAUGAGGCCGAUCCUUUAGAAGAGGACUUCAGAACUACGUUCUUCGGACCCCAUUAUCCGCGUCUCAAAGAUAUCAAGAGGAGGUAUGAUCCAAAGGACCUAUUUAUUGUGGCGGCGGGAAUUGGCAGUGAUAAGUGGGACAAAGAUGGACUUUGCAGGAUAGACUGUACCAUACUCUCAUUAAUAUUGUCUCUAAAACCCUCACUCAGGUAAUCUCUACAGUGUAAUACUACAGAAUGUUAUCUUCCUCUUAGGCUUCCUGAUGACACGAUGCUCAUGC